CCGAGCCACAACUAGCAGCGCAAUCCUUAAAUGACUGCUUUAAGCCGACAUUUCGUGCGCAGCCCUUCCUAGCAACGCUUAGCUCGCCGAGGGAGAUCGCGCACCACAAUGCCCCGUCUCCUAAUCGCACCCGCCCUUAAGGUCGACGCCGAGGCCAUCCACCGCCUCGACACCCGCAACUCCCAAAACCUUUUCAGCGUGUGGACUGCACCUUCGAGCUCGGCCGGCGGCUGGCGCUGGAACUUCAACCGACAACCGGGUUAG